AUGGAGUCUGACAAGGUCCAGGGUAAGAAUAUAGAGACAGUUGAUUUAGGGAAGGCGUUUGAUGAAGUGUUGCCUCCGUUGGAGGAGGAAGAGGAUGGAGAAGAAACGGUUUCCCAGGGAUCAUUUACAUGGCACAUCGAUCAGUGGAGUGAAUUAAAGGACGAAAAGCACUACUCUCCAAAGUACAGGAUCGGGAAUUUUGACUGGAAUCUUUUGGUGUUUCCUCAUGGGAAUAACACGAAAGGUAUAGCUAUGUACUUGGCUCCACAUCCCGUUGUAAAAGAAGAUGAAAAACCAGAUCCAGACUGGUACGUGUGUGCACAGUUUGCAAUUGCUCUAUCUAAGCCUGGGGACGAUAAGACUACGCAGUUAAUUAGUAGGUCUCAUCAUCGAUUCAAUGAGAUUGACAAGGAUUGGGGGUUUUCCAACUUGAUCGAGCUUGAAUAUUUGCGUUCCCAGUCAAGGGCUAGGCCCUCUGGGUUUCUAAACCAAGAUCAGUUAAAUGUUUCUGUGUUUAUCAGGAUUAUCAAAGAUACUACCGGGGUGUUGUGGCACAAUUUUGUUAAUUAUGAUUCGAAGAAGGUAACUGGAUUUGUAGGAUUGAAAAACCAGGGUGCUACAUGUUACUUAAAUUCAUUAUUACAGUCCUAUUAUUUUACGAAAUAUUUUAGAAAGUUGGUUUACCAUAUUCCUACAGAUGGUGAAACACCUUCCAAUAGUGUACCAUUAGCAUUACAAAGGGCGUUUUAUAAGUUACAGCGCUCCAGUGAACCACUUGAUACAUUUGAAUUAACUAGGUCCUUUGGUUGGGAUACCGGAGAUGCAUUCACGCAGCACGAUGUACAGGAGCUGAACCGUAUCUUAAUGGAUAGAUUGGAAAAUAAGAUGAAGGCCACUGAAGUUGAAGGGAAAUUAAAUGAAAUAUUUGUUGGUAAAAUGAAGAGCUAUAUCAAAUGUGUCAAUGUUGAGUAUGAAUCUUCUCGAGUUGAGGAUUUCUGGGAUAUACAGUUAAAUGUAAAGGGAUUAAAUGGGUUGAAUCAAGCUUUUGAAAAUUAUAUUGAGGUUGAAAUGAUGGACGGUGAAAACCAGUACGCUGCUCAACGCUAUGGGUUGCAGGAUGCAAAAAAAGGUGUUGUAUUUGAAUCGUUUCCUCCAGUUUUGCAUUUACAGCUAAAAAGAUUUGAGUAUGAUUUUAAUUAUGACCAGUUAAUUAAGAUCAACGAUCGCUAUGAAUUUCCAGAAUCGAUUGAUCUUUCUCCAUAUCUUGACCCAGAAGUUCGCAAAAUUCGACCAGAGAGCAUGAUGUAUAAUCUUCACGGAGUUUUGGUCCAUACAGGUGAUAUAUCAACUGGCCAUUAUUAUGCAAUGAUUAAACCUGGUCUUGAUGAUAAGUGGUAUCGGUUUGAUGAUGAUAAAGUUUGGCAAGUCACUAAAAAGCAAGUUUUCGAGCAAAAUUUUGGUUUUGAUAGGUUACCGGAAUAUGAAUUGCGUUCCUUGAGUAAAGAACAAUAUCAAAACUAUUUAAUUGCCCGUCAGACUAGUGCUUAUAUGUUAGUGUACAUCAAAGAAGAUAUGGAACCAACUAUCCUCCAGGAGGUAGAAGAUAGUGAUGUUCCUCAGCAUAUUGUUGAAAAUAUUGAAGAAGAGCUAAAGGAACGUGAGAGAUUGCAAAAAGAACGAGAAGAGAUGCAUCUAUAUGCGAAAGUUUAUGUUCAUUCUAUGAGGAAUUUUGUUCACUAUCAAGGUUACGAUUUAUCACCAAAUGAUCGUUCUAAGCUCUAUAUUUCCGAAUUGCAUGAGAAAGAUGAGUAUGCCUUUAAUAUGAAACUCGCAAAAUCCACAAAGAUGAAGGAUAUUUAUGAGUUAUUUAAUGAAAAACUAGGUAUUAACAGGAAGGAAUUGGUUAGAUAUUGGACAAUAAACUACAGAACAAACGCUAGUUUGCGACUUGAUGUACCAAUUCUUCCUAGUUAUGACGAUAUCACAUUGGGAAGUGUGAUGACCUCUCAAGGAAGAAGUACAGCCAUUGAUCUUUUUGUGGAGGAAUCUUAUAAUGACUUAGGAUACAUUCACAGUAUUUUGGAUAAAGUAUCUUUUACUGGAGACUUUUCUAAGUUACACGAGGAAAUUAGAUCAAUGAUAAAUGAAGACAAGUUGCCCUCAUCUGAAAGUUACAUUAGAGAAAAUGAUCAAACGAAAGUUUUAUUAUUUGUAAAAAUGUUUGAUAUUAAAAAGCAGAGGUUAACUGGUAUUGGUCAUAUUGUUUUAUCGCAGUACUCAAAGUUAACAGAAUUAGAAACUGUUUUGUCGAAGUUGUUUAAUAUUGAUCAAAAGAUCGAAUUUGUGGAAGAAUAUGGACCUGAUGGAGUUGAAGCUGUUGAUAAUAGUACAGAAUUGAUCCGCACUGAGCUUAUGGAUGGGGAUGUUAUUGCUUUCUGCAUAAAUCCUUCCGAAGUGCCUACUAAGGUUCCGUUUUACCCUACUGUCAUAGAAUUUUAUGAAUAUUUAAGAAAUAGGGUGAAAUUAAAAAUUUCGAAGGCUAAGCCUUGUGAAGAAGAAUAUGUUCUAAGAGAUAAUGACGGUCCUGUUGAAUUCGAAUUUUGGAUAUCUGUCAAGUGCAGUAACGAAGAGCUUGCAAAGGUAGUAGCGAGCUAUGUCAAUCUAGAACAUGAAUAUCUAAGGUUGUAUGCAGUUUAUUCAAAUGGCAGAUUUCCAAUGGAUUCCAGUAGUCAUUUAACGGACUAUUUAGUAAAGAGAUACAGUAGAAAUUCGAUUCCACCAUUUGAAUAUGAGGUAUUAUCAAUCCCGUUAACAGAAUUAGAGCAUUUACGUUCCGUUAAAUUUUACUGGCUUGAAGACAGUUAUGUCCAUUAUCAUCCGUACGAGUUUAGGGUUUCAACUUCAAGUACUGUAAGAGAAUUCUUGGACAAAGUCCAGCUAAGGGUAGGAUUCAAUGAUGAGCAAAAGGACGAAGUGUUGAUGUGGACAAAUUCAGAUAAUAGAUUCCAAGGGAUUCUGUCAUUGGAUUCAAAAAUGGAAUCUGUUGAUGAAUCGUUCCUAAUAUUUGCCCGUGUCUUACCAGAAGAAGUAGCUACGGUUUACCAGCUUGAACAACAAUCUCCUACUGAUUCUGUUAAUGAUAGCAAGGAGGAAGAUUUAAAUAUUAUAAAAGGUUCAAUCGACGUUGGGAUUAUUGUUAUUGUUCAGCAAUUUUUUAAAGAGUGGGAGAACAAACAUGGGAUAUCAUUUUUAUUUACGUUGCUUCCUGGAGAGAUAUUUGUAGAGACAAAAAAGAGAUUGCAUGAAAAGUUUGGCUUAGGUCAGAAGGAGUUCUCUAAAAUCAAGUUAGGUAUAUUGUACAGUACUGAUAAAGGUGCGGUUUUCAAAUCGCUCAGCGGAGCCAACGAUGAAGAUUCAAAUCAAAUUAUAUUGCAUGAUUUGAUGAACAACUUAGAUUACAUAACCAUGGAUCACCCAGAUAGAUCAAGGAACCAGGCUCCUCAAGAUAGACCAAUGAUGAUUAAAAACUAG